CUCCCAAUCCUCCCAUCGAUGGCGGCCGAGGAACGCGAGAAGAAGAUGAUCCUGCUCAAGAGCUCGGAUGGCGAGGGUUUUCAGGUCGAGGAGGCGGUCGCCAUGGAGUCGCAGACCAUCCGCCACAUGAUCGAGGACGACUGCGCCGACAACGGGAUCCCGCUUCCCAACGUCGACUCCAAGAUCCUCGCCAAGGUCAUCGAGUACUGCAAGAAGCACGUCCAGGCCAGCCCCAAUCCGGCUGACAACUCUGGCGCCGCCAACGCAAGCUCCUCCACCUCUACUGUCCCCGCUGAGGACCUCAAGAUCUUCGACGCUGAGUUCGUCAAGGUCGACCAGGCCACCCUCUUCAACCUCAUCCUGGCUGCAAACUACCUCAAUAUCAAGGGAUUGCUCGACCUUACUUGCCAGACUGUUGCAGACAUGAUCAAGGGUAAGACCCCGGAGGAGAUCUGCAAGACUUUUAACAUCAAGAAUGACUUCACACCCGAGGAGGAGGCCGAGAUCCGCAGAGAGAACCAAUGGGCUUUUGAGUAG